CCCCGAGCUCAUGAUGUUCAUGGACACCUCCUCCCUCAUCAACUAUGUCCAAGAACGAGUGGGUCAGCCGUACGGCAGGCUGGCUAACCAGCGAAACAACCAAUAUCCAAUUGAAUACUUUCCUCGCCACAACAGAUCAUCACCUGAGUGCUCUACACGUUGAUGCACUCUGGAAACACCCAAAUGACCGUAAAGUCAUAUGACAGAGUGCCCAUGCCCUUGCCGUAAGAGCAUGAGUUCUGCUGGAUGGAUGGUUGUGGCGCAGCAUAGAACUGAGACCUACACACCGCCGGGAAGAUUACGCAUAAUCACUGAGAGACCUCAUAGCUUGUCCUUACAAGUACUGUAAGGGUCACUCAACCAUGAUCGCUACUGAUCGAACGGAUAACCAGUAAGAAGAUCAGCAAACGACAACGACAAAGGUCCCCCAGGGCAAGCAAGCUCACCAAGGGAUUCCAGAGCCACCCACUGGUUGAGAAGACACUGGCUAAGCCGACUGCAAGCAGACGGAUAGAUCACCAGGAGACCAUACGUAACCCCGCUCCAUACUCCAAACACGGAUUGUCAGAACCUGUACUUCAUCCGAAAACACUUUGAGCGCUCAAAAGAGAGCACACAAAAGGGAGCAGAAGCGCCGACACACCGAGCAUCAACUUCUUGCGAAGCUGAUCCGAGCCCG